AUGCGGGACCCAGCUGGAGCGAGGAAUGCGCUUCAGAGCAAGCUGGCAGAUGCCGUGGCCGACUUCAUUUCGAAAAACCCUUCCUCAAAGAAAGCGAUUGAGAGAGCCAGCGAAAGCCUCCCCGGUGGCACAACCCGCGCAGUGCUGGAAUCAGACCCUUUCCCUCUCGUUGUCCGCUCAGGCAGCGGAUCAACGCUGACCUCUGUUGACGGGAGAGCGUAUGUGGACUUCGUCUCCGACUUUACCGCCGGCUUAUUUGGCCACUCGCACCCAGCCUUGCAACAAGCCAUCGCCCUAGCCGCGCAGAAUGGGUUCAGCCUCGGCGCAAUAACAGAACUCGAGGCCCAGGUGAGCGAGACAAUUAAGAACCGCUUCCAAAGCAUUGAUUUGGUCCGGUUCUGCAAUUCAGGCACCGAGGCGAACACCUAUGCUAUUGGAACAUCACUGGCAUACACAGGCAAAAAGAAAGUCCUAGUCUUUGAUCAUGCCUACCACGGAGGCUGUUUGAGCUUUGGAGAUGAAAUGAACCAGCUGAAUGUGCCAUACGACUUCGUCGUUGGUACCUACGGGGACAUUGAGAAAACUCGGGCGAAACUGAGCUUCGAUAUCGGGGCGAUUAUCAUUGAACCAAUGCAGUCUGCCGGUGGGAUGCGACCCGCUGGCAAAGAAUUCCUUCUCUUUCUGCGAGAAGCAGCUAAUACACUCGGUGCUGUCCUCAUAUUCGACGAGGUGGUUACCUCCCGGUUGGACUUCCAUGGCCUCCAAGGGGUCGUUGGGGUAACGCCAGACAUGACAACGCUGGGCAAGUACCUGGGCGGUGGAUUGUCUUUCGGUGCCUUUGGUGGGAAGAAGGAUAUCAUGUCACAGUUCGAUGGCAAGUCGGACUCGCGACAGAAACUCUCACACUCGGGCACCUUCAACAACAACAUUUUCACCAUGACCGCGGCUGCGGCUGCCUCGACAAUCGUCACAAAAGGGCGAAUCGACCAGCUCAAUACUCUCGGUGAUAAGGUGAGAGAAGGUAUUACCACCAUUGUGAGUGACAUUGGGAAGCCAGGUCAGGUUGUUGCCCUUGGAUUUGGGAGCUGCGUGGGUAUAUAUUUUCCUGGCGAGACUGGUGAUUUACUGCGGGAGUUGUGCUUCUUCUAUUUGCUCUCGCAGGGGCUGUGGAUUGGACGACGCGGGUUUUUGGCACUGAACUUUGCCCAUGAUGAGGCGGAUAUUGAUCGGUUCCUGGAGACGUUUAAGGAAUUUUUGGUCCUGCAUAUGUAG